AUGGCUUCCACAGCUGCUCCCCCACCUUCAUUCUCCCUCCUUCUCAAAACCCAGAACACCACAAACCAACUCAGAUCAGUAACACCCAGCAGAAGAAGAAGAAGAAGCAGCAGCAGCCAAGGUGGUUUUUGGAUUUUAGCAGCAGCCCAGGACUCGAAAAACCCCAGGCAGAGAGCCCCACCAGGAGUUGACACGAGAAUCCACUGGGACAACCCAGAUGAAGGGUGGAUUGGAGGAAGCAGUUCAAAGCCAAAGCUGAAUGGAGAAGAGGAGGAGAAGAACCUGUUGGGUGAAGAGUUUUCUGAUUUGCUCGAUGACUCGUCUGAUUCUCAUUACCAGUUCUUAGGAAUAUCUGCACAAGCUGAUCUGGAAGAGAUUAAAGCUGCUUACCGGCGUUUAUCGAAAGAGUACCAUCCAGACACAACUUCACUUCCACUAAAAGCAGCAUCUGACAAGUUCUUAAAACUAAGAGAAGUUUACGACGUUUUGUGUGAUGAAGAGAGACGCAGGUUUUACGACUGGACACUUGCUCAAGAGGCUGCAAGCCGCAAAGCAGAGAAGAUGAAAAUGAAGUUAGAGGAUCCUUACCAGAAAGAUGUCCAGAACUGGGAAUCCAUUCCAGACAUGGUAGACCGUCUAGGUGGAAGGAACAUGGAGUUGAGUGAUCAAGCAGUCACAGCCCUCACCUUUGAUAUAUUAAUCAUUAUUUUUGCAAUUUGUUGUAUAAUUUAUGUGCUUGUCUUCAAGGAACCAAAUUACUAGGUAGAUACUUGUCCCUUAGCUGAUGAGCACAUGAUACUACAGUAGGUCUAUACAAGCUUGUACAGCUAAUAUUCAUGAAUAUUGAACAAUAAAUUUUUAUGAUUUUAUA